UAAAAGGGGAUUGAGAGGGAACCUAAACAACAGAACAUAUCGUACAUCCAGCUUUAAUCAUCUUUAGAAGGUUGCUAUACAAAAAUGAAUUUUCAAUUUCUUAUGUUCACAUUUCUCAUCGGUGUUGGAAGUGUAACCUGUCACUGGCAUGAUUCCGAUUACCUAGAUAAUAAUGCUUUUGAGCAGAAUUUAAAUAGUGAAAAUGAUGAGAAUGAUAACUAUAGAGUAGGUAAAAGUGAUGAAGCUAUAUCAAAUGACAGGUUCUUGAAUGAUGAAAAUGACUCUGAAGACACCAUAAACGAAAACCUUUCCAAGAAGCCGCAUGGACAAUAUACGGGAGAUCAUCUUGAUCAAGGAGAUAUUAUGUUUCAUAAAGGAGAAGAAAAAGCUGAAUUUGGAAUUGGCCCAGUUGGAGAUGAAGAAUCUUUAAACAAAGUUUCCCAUGAUGCUACAAUAUACAAACGUAAAAGGUGGAGUAUGCCUGUGCCUUACCAAAUAGAGAACAGCUUGGGUUCAAAGGCCAGAUCUGCAAUAGCCAAAGCAAUCGCCGAAUACAAAUUGAAAACCUGUAUUACUUUCCGUAAGAAAAGAUACGGAGAUACUAGCUACUUAUCUUUUUAUAAGGGAAAAGGAUGUUGGAGUUACGUUGGUCGCUCAGGUGGAAAACAACGAAUAUCUAUUGGAAAAGGAUGCGAACAUAAAAAGACGGCCAUUCACGAGAUUAUGCACGCUUUAGGUUUUUGGCAUGAACAAUCAAGAACAGACCGAGAUAAUUAUGUCACAAUUUUGCUUCAUAAUGUCCGAGAAGGGAAAAAACAUAAUUUUGCCAAGAAAUUGAAAAAAGAUGUCACGACAUUUGGACUACCUUAUGAUUACCGAUCAGUCAUGCAUUAUAAAAAAACUGCAUUUGGAAAAUAUGUAUCUGGAAAGAAACAGCAAACAAUUGUACGAAAAAACAAUCCAAGUCAGAAACUCGGUCAAUGCUCAUCAUGCGGAAUGUCAGAGACAGACGCUGAUCAAUUAAAUGCUAUGUACUGUUCAUUACCUAUCAAUCGCAGAAUAUUAAAAAGACAAAUGGCUCGUUUAUUGGGAAAUCAUGCAGGACAAUCAAACAAUCACUUCAGGCAUACUGUUCUAAAUCUUUUUAAAAAAGUUUACCCCAAAUACAAUUUCCUGGUGAACGCCUACAAUGCUGUGUCUGGCUACGCCACACAUGCUUAUAUUGGUAAUUGUGUUCACAUCUUUCGUUCGCAUAAGAAAAAUUUGGUGGUUUGUUAUUCUCGGAAAACAUCUAGAUUCCCAUCGCUGGCCAAACGAACUAAGAUUGCUUCAGCUGUUUUGACAAGUAUUACUAAAAAGAAGUGCAAUGCCAAAUGGGCACGCGACACAGCAUGGAAGAAAGCAAAAUCGUUUGGAUAUCCCAUUGCUGGCGUUGUAGUUGUGAGAUUUGGUUCUGGCUUGAGAUCAGCCUGGCAUGGUCCAACUUACUUCAAAAAUUUCAAAUGUCAUAAUUGUUCAGGAUGGUGGAUCGGCAAGCGAUGUACAAAUAAGCACCAUUCGAGUUUAGUCAUAUUGUUUGGAUAGGAAUUUUAUGACGAACUUCGCUUUAUUGCGAACUUUUCGGUGUUUACACUGAACGAUGAUGAGUCAUCACAUUAAGACUUUAGUCAAGAUGUAUUUUUUUACUUGUAUUUUAUAUAUUCUGCUAGAAAAAAUUCUAGACAAAAUG